AUGAGCGGAGCCGAGGCAUGUAUGAUAAAGGUCAAUGCAAGGCAUGUGAGUGGCUUCAAUCUUGAAGAUGUGAACGACCUAUGUGAAUCUCCUACACAAACAUUCAAAGAUUCUUCUCAUAGUGGCAAUACAGUCAAUUUGGAGGAAGAUGAAGAUGAUGUGGUCAUGCCUACUCCAAGGCCGUUGGGAAGAGAUAAACAGAAGGAUGAAAAAAAGAAAGGGAAAGGUGUUGAAGGUUAUCUCAACCAAAGUGGAAAGUUCUUGUUUGAAUUGGUUCAACAAGGAAAUGAGGCAAAGGAUGAUAGGAGGCAAAAGUUAGAGCUCCUACAAGAACAACAUGCCUAUAAAAUCCAACAAGAUAAGGAGGCCAAUGAACAGAGGAUAAUGUCCAUGGACCUAUCCAAAUUUACUCUGAGAAAGAAGAAGUAUUCGGGAAAUAUGCAAGACGAAAUUAUUGAGGCCCAAAUGAAUACAAGUUCCCCUUACAAUCCAGAAGACAACUCUAGAGACUAUUAUCCAAGCCCUCCACAUAGUGGUUAUUAA